ACACUGGUCAGACACCUGUUUCGGCAAAUUAGUAGCCAUAACAUGAAGAAAGCUGCUGGAUUUGUUAUUUUUCGACGUAUGUGCGGGGAAAUACAAUACCUCCUGCUGAAGGCCUCCUACGGCUCCUUCCACUGGAGUUCGCCCAAGGGUCACGUGGAUCCCGGCGAGGACGACUACACCACAGCUCUGCGGGAAACUAAAGAGGAAGCCGGCUACGACGAGAAGGAUCUGAUUAUCUUCAAGGACACGCCGCUGACACUCAACUACGUGGUGCAGGGGAAGCCCAAGAUUGUGAUCUACUGGCUGGCGGAGUUGCGGAAUCCCUGCCAGGAACCCGUUCUCUCCGAGGAGCACACCGCCCUCAAGUGGCUUCCCCGGGACGCGGCCAAGGAAUGCGUGGGCUUCAAGGACAACCAAGACAUGAUAGACAGGUUCCACCAAAUGAUUUUAGAUCAAAACAAACCGGAAUAGAUUGUAAACAAAUAAACGCAGCGUUGUAGCGUUUCGCAACACUAAAAUGUAAAUAAAUACCGCAAAAAAUACCAAAGCAAA